AUGGGAUUCAGAAAAGUGGACUUCGACCCUUGUGUUUUCAUUCACAAAGCAGCGGAAGUUGUCAUCGCCAUCUACGUAGACGAUAUACUUAUCUUCUACUGGUUUGUUAAACUCAAGAACCACGUCAGCCUCCAACUCCACGCAGAAUUCGAAAAGACGGAAACUGUCACAGCCAACUGGGCACUUGGAAUCCACUUGAUCCACACUAAGACCGGCAUGAUCCUAUCACAGAAAGUCUAUUUCAAGUGUGUACUUAUCAAAUACGGUUUCGAUGAAUCUAGACCUGUUGCUACACCUAUCGACAACAAUAUUCACCUACAAAAGGGAACAGAAGUGGAGAAAAAUUGA